AUGGUAGUUGAACCGCUCCUAUCGUUUGCUUUUUAUAGUGUAGUUGCAUCAAUUUAUUCAACAUUCAGUAGAAAUUCUAGAAAAGUAUCACGACAAAGACAAUCAACAAUAGAAAAAUAUCAACAGCAUGAUAAUGAUUUAGGUAGUUACUACAUUGCCGCUAGUCACGAUGGAGCUUUCGUUGCCACCUUUAAUACCGAUUCUGGGUUCGACGAUAUACUAAUUGCAGUGUCAUGUUUCAAAAAUAAAGAUAUGAUGCAGGAGUCCCCACAAGAAACAUCAACAACACAAGCAAAUGAGAUCAAACCUUCAAGAUCAAAAUCAUCGUUGUCACCAAAUAAUACAAAUAUAAUGGAUGGAGAUUUUGAGAAAGGAAGUGAUUUUGGAAUUGUAAUUGAACCAAGAACUUGGGUACUUUCAAUUGCUCAAAAUAAACGAAUCAAUACUACCAUUGAUGAUCGUGGCGGAGUGGUAAGAUUUCUGGACAAUCGUGUUACACCAGACACAAUUCAUUCCGACGAGGAUGAAGAUUCCAAUUACAAAUUGGAACUGAUAUUGAUGAAUUCUUCAGGAAUUCAUAAAACCAACAUUUAUCCAAAAUUAAAAUAUAAAAUUCCAACAUCAGUUUACGAAUUCUUCUAUCCACCAGCUGACCAUCUAAAAGUCAGAAAAUUAUUCCAGGAUAAUCCAUGUACAAGCUAUUUGGAAAGUUGUGUUGAGAAAAAUUACUUUUUUUCAGAGAAUUUUAAAGCUGCAAAAGUUGAUAUUUAUAAUUUGAAAACUG